AUGUCUGCCCCAGCUGCUCGCAGGACCGGAAAGGUCAAGUUCUUCAACAGCCAGAAGGGAUUCGGCUUUAUCAUUCCCUCAGAGAGCUCUGAGGCUGCCCCAGUGGACGAGAUCUUUGUCCACCACACCGCCAUCCACAACGAUGGGGGUUUUAAGAGUCUUGCCGAGGGUGAGGAUGUCGAGUACGACAUUGUCCCUGGACCCAAGGGCAUGCAGGCUGCCAACGUGACAGGCCCCGGCGGAGUGUCUGUUCGUGGUGACCCCAACGUCGGCGGAGGUGGUUUCCGUAAUAACGGUGGUCGCUUUGGAGGCGGUGGAUACGGAGGCGGAUAUGGAGGCUUCGGUGGACCCAACGCUUAUGGCGGUGGAUAUGGUGGUAUGGGCAAUGCUCCUCUUGGUGCAUAUGGACCCGGCCACGGCCAGCAGGGUUACGCCCAAGGAGGUUACAACCAGCAGCCAGGUUUCGCUGCCGGAGCUGGAUUCCAGCAGGGCAGCAACCAGUUCCAGUAUGGCGGUUACCCUCAAGGGGGUUACGGCGGCGGAGCCAAUGCAGGAAUCCAGGGACAGGGCCAACAGCAGAACACCCCAUCGUCAUUCGGUCAACAGAACACUCAGCAGGGCUAUGGCCAUGCUGCCGGCGGCCAAGGUGGCUGGAACGCCGCUGCCCCUGGUGGCGCCGCCCAGCAGCACUAA